ACACAGCAAUGAAUGCAGCCUCCUUCUUAAAACCUUACAGAAAUUACUUGUAUUUUGGAUGGUGCAUACACAGUGCAUGCAAGGAAUUUUCUUUUCCACGGUCCUUUCCUCUGGUUUGACAGCUCUUAUUACUGUGCUGAAUAUUUAGGAAGUUCAUGACCUUUUUGCAUUUGCAGCUUCAUGAUGAAAAAAAAAAGUUCAGUUAAUAAGCCCAGCCUCGGGUACAUCUCAUUUGUUCGGUAAGAGAAAAGAAAUCAACCCAAUUCAUUACUCUUUUUCAGUGACUAGUUACAAAACAACAGUGCGCGUACUCGAGGAACAUAGCUCUUCUGGUCACAUUCUCAGCAGAGAAGUAAAGCAAGGGGCCCAAAACGCAGUCAAAGGAUUGGUUGAAUCUUGCAGAGUUCUAUUCGAUUACACUGUGUAAGACACUGCACGUCACUGUCUAGACUUUAGAAGGAAAUCAAACCAUACUGUGAGCAGUUAUCUUUCCCAUGUUUCUUCCGAGUGGCCCUUCAAGCAAGGCAACUGCAUGAGUGUGUAGAAGAGAAAAUAAAAUUAGUUCAAUUAGUGCACCCCUGCAAAGAAACUGCAGUUAUAAUCAUGUGCAAAAAAAUGGAAGGAAUGUCAGUGGAUAUACCAGAGGGUGCUGUCUGUAGGUCUGAACUCAAAACUGUGGAGGGAGUAGCACUGGUGGAUACUACUGCAGACAAUUAUGACGCAAUUUCUAAAUUCCAAGCCAGACCAGAUGAUCUGCUAAUAGCGACAUAUCCUAAAGCAGGUACAACGUGGAUACAGGAGAUUGUUGACAUGAUCUAUAAUGAAGGAGAUGAAGAAAAGUGCAAACGGGCACCUGUUUUCAUUCGAUUCCCCUUCAUUGAUCUAUGGCCAUCAGUGUUAAUUCCACCAGGUAUAGUGCAUGCAGAAAGAACACCUUCUCCGCGGAUAAUUAAAACACACUUCCCUUUUCAACUUGUGCCUAAGUCCUUCUGGGAACAGAACUGUAAGGUCAUCUAUGUUGCCAGAAAUGCCAAAGACACUGUUGUAUCGUUCUACUACUUUGACAAGAUGAACAGGGGCCAACCCGAUCCAGGAACGUGGGAAGAGUAUUUCCUUAACUUCCUGCAAGGAAAUGUGAGUUGGGGAUCUUGGUUUGACCAUGUGAGAGGAUUCUGGGACAAGAAAGACAAGCACCGAAUCCUUUAUUUGUUUUAUGAAGACAUGAAGGAGAACCCAGAAAGAGAGAUCCGAAAGGUAAUAACAUUUCUGGAAAAAGACUUACCGGACAGUGUUGUAAACAAGAUUGUUCACCACACCUCUUUUCUUGUAAUGAAGGAAAACCCAAUGGCCAACUACAGCACAUUGCCAAAGGCUGUCUUUGAUCAGAGUACCUCUGUCUUUAUGAGAAAAGGACAAGUUGGUGACUGGAAAAAUCACUUCACUGUGGCACAGAAUGAAGAGUUUGAUGAAGUCUACAAGGAAAAGAUGUCAGGAACAUCCCUUAGAUUCCGCACAGUGCUGUGACAUUUCACAUGAUGAAAAAGGCAAAAGAAGAAACAGAGAAUCUGAGGGCAAUAUCAUUUGUUUUUAUUUCUAACCAUUUAACCAAAACUGUGUUAAUAUUUAAUACAGCAAAUUAAAUAAACUACAACAAAAGUAA